GCUGGAGGGGAAGACAGCCAUGCUUUUGGGCAUGAGUCAGUGGAACUCUAAUGAUCUCGUUGAGCAGAUAGAAACCCUGGGCCACAUCGACCAGAUGCAAGAGAAUCUGUACCGUGUAAGGAGGCAAAAAUGUGUCCCACAGACUAGCAUUGACGGUCUAGAGGAAGCUGAGAACAAAUGUCAAACGCAUGUGCUGGUGUUGGUGGUUCACGGGGGAAACAUACUGGAUCUAGCGGGCGGAGAGCCAGGCGCGAAGAACGCAGAUGUAAACACCCUGUCCUCAGUGCUGGAAAAAGUAUCUCAAGCUCAUUUUCAAGCUGCAGCUCAGCAUGUCGUCAUCAAGUUGGUGCCAUGCCCGGCCGUAUGCGCUGAGGCCUUCUGCCUUGUGUCAAAUCUGAACCCUUAUAGCUAUGACGAGAGUUGCGUGUCCAGCAGCGUAGACCAUCUACCUCUGGCCGCUUUACCACUGCUCGCCAUAGCUGCUCCACACUACCAAGACGCCGUCGCGACCGUGAUCGCUCGGGCCAACCAGGUGUACCACAGCUUUCUGCAGUCUCCAGAGGGACAGGGGUUCACAGGGCAGGUGUGUUUGUUGGGUGACUGUGUGGGAGGUGUGCUGUGUUUUGAUGCUCUCUGUUUCAGCAACAGCCAGCGACACAACAGCCGACAUAACAGCACAGAGAGCUUAAAGGAUAACCCUGAGGUCAGUCCAAGUCUGAGCUCCAGCAAGCGUCUUAGCAGGAGCAACAUUGACUUAUCUGCCCCCAGUGAGACCCGCAACAGGAAAACUCCACUCAGCCGCAAACAGAGCGACUCGUAUGAUGGAGAGUCCUCUGGCAGCCAGCACCACCCAUUCCUCAGCAGUCUGAUACAGGAUGGAACAGACCUGAGACCGAGCAGCAGCACCAGUUUAGUGUUGAAUCCAGGUCGCUUUGACUUUGAGGUGUCGGAUUGUUUUCUGCUGGGUUGUCCUCUUGGAUUGGUGCUUGCAAUGAGACGCACUGUGCUUCCAGCUGUCCAGGUGUCUCAGCUCCGGCCUGCAUGUUCACAGAUCUUCAACCUGUUUUACCCCUCUGACCCGUCGGCCUCUAGACUUGAGCCGUUGCUGCACUCCCAAUUCCACAAACUGCCUCCGUUCCCUGUGCCCCGCUACCAGCGUUAUCCUCUGGGAGACGGUCGUUCCAACCUUGUCGUUUCCAGCAACUGGUGGGGGUCUAAGCGGUUGGAUUACGCUCUGUACUGUCCGGACGUCCUGACAGCAUUCCCUACAGUGGCUCUGCCUCAUCUGUUCCACGCUUCGUACUGGGAAUCCACCGAUGUGGUGGCCUUCCUUCUGCGACAGGUGAUGCACUGUGACUAUGUGAAAGCCCAAGAGAUGGGCAACUCUGACUCCGCCCCCUUCUCACCUUCAAGUCCGAGGGAGAAGUGGCUACGCAGACGCACACACGUCAAGCUUAGGAAUGUCACCGCCAACCACAGAGUCAAUGAUGUCAUCGGAACCGAGGACGGGCAUCAGACCCUGGUUGGUCGCUUCAUGUACGGUCCGCUGGAUAUGGUGACCCUGACUGGGGAAAAGGUCGAUGUGUACGUGAUGACCCAGCCGCAGUCGGGUCGCUGGGAGCACUUAGACACCGAGGUGACCAACAGCAGUGGCAGAGUGACCUACACCAUCCCCAAAAGCAAAAAACUGGCCGUGGGGGUCUACCCCAUCAAAAUGGUUGUCAAGGGUGACCAGACAAGCGCGGAGGCUUUCCUGACGGUCUUGCCGCGGGGGAUGGAGUGUGUCGUCUUUAGCAUUGACGGUUCAUUUGCCGCUAGCGUCUCUAUUAUGGGCAGCGACCCUAAAGUACGGCCCGGAGCUGUGGAUGUGGUCAGACACUGGCAGGAUCUGGGCUACCUGAUCAUUUACAUCACUGGCCGUCCAGACAUGCAGAAGCAGAGGGUUGUGUCCUGGCUGUCUCAACACAACUUCCCUCAGGGGAUGAUCUUCUUCUCGGAAGGGUUGGUGCACGAUCCUCUUCGCCAGAAAACCAUCUUCCUCAGGAACUUGGUACAAGAGUGUCACAUUAAAAUCAACUGCGCCUAUGGCUCCAUGAAGGACAUUUCCGUCUAUAGCAUGCUGGGCCUCAACCCCAACCAGAUAUAUAUAGUGGGACGGCCCUCUAAGAAGUACCAGAAUCAGUGCCAGUUCCUGAGCGAGGGCUAUGCAGUACAUCUCUCCUCCCUGCAGUUCAGUCACAGAGCCCGGCCCAAGAAGAGCUCCUCGGUGCGAAUGGUUCUUCGAAAGGGCUCAUUUGGUCUGUCAGCCAAACCGGACUUCCUGUGUAAGCGGACACACCUUCGCCGCACCAUGUCGGUGCAGCAGCCUGAGCCACCCAUGACACCCAACCCUAAACCAGAGCGAGCUCAGAGCCAGCCCGAGUCGGACAAGGACCAUGGGGGUGGAGGGGGUUCAGGCCAUGCCAUGUGGGCACGGGGGUCCAUGCACCGUGGCGACACCACUCCCUGACCCAAGAGAUAUAUCGGAUGGAUGGAAAAAGGACAGAUGAUUAUGAUCUUUCGGUGGACAGAGCCCAGUGUCUUUACUCCUUCUGCUGAUAUUACACCAUAAAAUAAGACAAAUCCCACCUGAGCUGAUAAACACUCCUCAGUGAAGUGCCAUCCGCAUGGAUCUGACACAACGACACACAAACUACAAAGUCCUGAUGCUUUGUUUCGGCAGCAGGAGCAGAGGAAAUUCCGUUUCUAAAUUCAGUUUCAUCCGCCCGUGAUGCUUUGGAGAACUUCUGGAUUUAUUUAGCAUUGUACAAAGGCUUCCUCGCAUCACCCAUCAGGAACAAAGAGGAUAUCUGAUAAGAUCCUUAGAGAAAACAUCAAAUUUCCUCGUGCCUAAGCAAUAUGGAGGAAGAGGGAGAGGGAGUAUCCCGUUGCUCGGACAGGUGGCAGCGCUGACUCCUUCAAUAAUCCCUCUGUUUUAAUAUUGCAGGCAUUUGUCUGCUCUCUGGGCGGCUGUCUAUGGCCCGCUUGUGGCCAGACGGACUUGCAAACUGUACAUUAACCUUUUGUGCCAGUGUGGCGACCUGGCCUGAACUCUUGUCGCCCCUGUUGCUGUUCAGCUGUUCAGCCAGAACAGAGUCUGACAGCGAUGACCACUGCUACUGAACUCCACCCACUCCUCUGCCAGGUCACACCACGACUCGCAGCUCUGGUACACUGCAGAAGCAUAUUUACAACCAUCGGUGGUUCUUCUUGUGCCUGUCUCUCACUCGUGUUGUAAAUAUAUAAUGAGUGGCACUGAAGCGAAAUGCGUAUGUGUGAUGCAUUUGUGUGUGGCAAUAUCUGCAGUGCUCACACUGCAAUGAAGCAUUUUCUUAAUUGGUAUAUUUGUCUCUUUUCCAGUACAAAUAUUUAAACAUCCCUAAACAAGAUACAUUUACAUGAAGCAUAAGAUUAUUUUCAGACAGUAAAUCUGGGGAAUAAAUAAAUAAAUGGAAAAACUGAUGCAACUGAUGAAUGCAAUUUUCACUGACACAAAUGAUUUCUAUAUUUGAACUUUCUAUUCAUACAAAACAUGUAUUAUGGUUUUCACAAAA